AUGGUCAACACUGGACUUCCAAGCAAGGAUUGUCACACUUGUCGCCGUCGCCGGGUGAAGUGUGAUCUCGGACGCCCUGGCUGCUUGCGCUGUAAGAAGAUCGGCCAUGACUGUCCUGGCUAUAGGGAUUUGAGCAGGCUGGGGUUUAAUUUCCGCAUCCUAACUCCUGAAUCCUACCUGUGCCAUAAGGAUCGCAAUCAUGACCCACAGGUGACGAAAGGCUCCGCACAAGAACAAGGUCGGCAUUUCCGAUUCGCAACGAGACAACCACAACUAGCACUCACAUACACGCCGACUGAACAAUGGGAGGACCAUGCAAAGCCUCUUGUUAUCAGCCAAUUCACAAUUCUAACCUUGCAGGGUGCUCGUGUGUACGGCUCGUUUGACUUCCUGCCGCAACUAUUUGAGCGCGCCGAUGCCAAAUCUACAUUGCACAAAGUGUGCAAUGCUGUUGCUUCCGCCUGCUUUGACAACCGGUCACGGUCUGACAGCAUGGGAUUUAGCCAUAAAAAGCUUUAUGUCAAGGCCUUGCAAUCUUUAUCAAAUGACAUCUCACACGUGGAGAAGCAGAAGCAAGACCAAACGCUGGUGGCAGUGUGGCUGUUGUGUUUGUAUGAGCUCCUAGUUGGGGCACCGAGUCAUAAGUCCCAACUGGAACCUCGGGGCUGGAACGCGCAUGGUGAAGCGAUGCUUGGACUGUUGCGCUUGCGAGGCCAGAACCAGUUCCUGACCAAGACAGGAUGCCAGCUUUUCCAGAUAGCGUAUCCUAUCAUUCAAAUACAGGCGAUACAAGCAGGCCGGCCACCGCCACCAGAAGCAAUCGCAUGGUUGCAUUCGAUGCAGACAUCCCCCGUGGCGAGGGAGAUGCUAUUUCUGCCGGCAUUCUUAUACAGUGAUUUAGCUUGUCGAAUCUACAGUACCAUCCGCGAUUUGAUCGACCAAGGUUCAUGCGAAAGAAUGCUCAAGAGCAUCGACGACGUAAUAGUGGCUUGCAGAAAUCUUGAAUCGUCGAUAGAUGCAGUUAUUACUCAAGGGCCAGCCCCUCAAUCACAGCCAGGUCCAUCGGACGACCUAGCAACAGGACAAACUCAGAAGUGGUUAAUGAACCAGCAUGCCGCGAACUAUCUGAAUGCAUUUCUCUUUCGAGUUUAUGAAGGAAGUGUAGAACUGCUUUCCCAAACACUAAAAGCUCAUGUAUCGCCGAAAAAGCACGCUGAGCUCCUGUGCCAACGCGAGUCUAGCAUUAAACGGCUACUUCACCUGGCAGACCGCAUCAUAGUAUCGCUCCCGCUACUUAUGCCGGCGACAGUGGCCAGAACUGACCAACGGGGUCCAAACGUUCCAACAUGGGGACACGCCCUGAAGCUGCUUUGGCCAUUGGGUCUAAUUGCGUGUUCUGCCCAUGUGCACGACAGCCAGCGUGCUGCUGCGAAACUGGGUCUACUUCGAAUAGGCUAUGAGGUUGGGAUUAUGCGUGCGGUAAGAACAUACGCGUAA